CGCCGCCGCCGAGGGCCGGAGCCCGAGCUUCGGGGUGCCGCUGCCCCCCACCUCCCCGGCAGGGCCGGAGCCCCGCGAGCGCGGGAGCGCGGGGCCGGGACCCGGGGCGCCCCCCGCCCGCGCCGGCCCCUUGAACUUGGAUCCGGAUCCGGGUCCGCUGCGCUGCGGGAGUGUCCAGACCCUGCGUGUCCAGGCCCGGCCCGGCCGCCCCACAGAGCCGUGUCUCAGGUCACUUGGCUUUCCUGUGGGGAGCAGGAGGACAGCCCCCCCCCCCGCCCCACACACCUGCAGGGGAGGAGGGAGCAGGAGCACCCACGCUCGGGAGUCCUCCCUGCCAACCAUGGCCGUCUGUGGGCCGUGACCAUGGGGUUGAGAGGCGGAGAGUGAGCGGCGGGACCGAAAUGCACCCCUGAGGCCCGGCACCCCGGCCCCGCCGAGCCCCGCCAUGGCCCUGAGAGGCCGGGCCCUGUACGACUUCCACAGCGAGAACCAGGAGGAGAUCAGCAUCCAGCAGGACGAGGAGCUGCUGGUCUUCAGCGAGAACUCUCUGGAUGGCUGGCUGCAGGGGCAGAACAGCCGCGGGGAGAUGGGGCUCUUCCCCGCCUCCUACGUGGAGCUCCUGCCGCCCGCCGCCGGCCCCAGCCCGGCCGAGCCGCCGGCCGGCCCCCCCGCGGGCCCCGCGGACGCCCCCGGGGAGCCCGGCCCGGCCCCCAGCGCGGCCGGCGCUGGCUUCUUCUCCAACCCCGGCAGUUUCGAGGAGGACGACGACGACGACUGGGACGAUUGGGACGACGGGUGCACGGUGGUAGAAGAGCCCCGGGCCGGUGGGCUGGGCACCAACGGGCACCCCCCGCUCCACCUCUCCUACCCGGGGGCCUACCCCAGCCAGCACCCGGCCUUCCGGCCCAAGCCCCCCCUGGAGCGCCAGGACAGCUCGGCCUCCGCCAAGCGAGGCAGCGCCGUGGGCCGCAACCUGAACCGCUUCUCGUGCUUCGUGCGGUCCGGCGUGGAGGCGUUCAUCCUGGGGGACGUGCCCCUGACGGGCAAGAUCGCCGAGACGCACGCCAUCGAGAUGGGCCCCCGCGGCCCCCAGUGGAAGGCCAACCCCCGGCCGUUCGCCUGCUCGGUGGAGGACCCCACCAAGCAGACCAAGUUCAAGGGCAUCAAGAGCUACAUCUCCUACAAGCUCACGCCCAGCCACGCCGGCUCGCCCGUGUACCGCCGCUACAAGCACUUCGACUGGCUGUACAACCGCCUGCUGCACAAGUUCACCGUCAUCUCCGUGCCCCACCUGCCCGAGAAGCAGGCCACCGGGCGCUUCGAGGAGGACUUCAUCGCCAAGCGGAAGCGCCGGCUGGUCCUCUGGAUGGAGCACAUGACCAGCCACCCCGUGCUGUCGCAGUACGAGGGCUUCCAGCACUUCCUCAGCUGCCGCGACGACAAGCAGUGGAAGAUGGGCAAGCGCCGGGCCGAGAGGGACGAGCUGGUGGGCGCCAGCUUCCUGCUCACCUUCCAGAUCCCCACGGAGCACCAGGACCUCCAGGACGUGGAGGACCGGGUGGACCUCUUCAAGGCCUUCAGCAGGAAGAUGGACGACAGCGUCCUGCAGCUGAGCGCCGUGGCGUCGGAGCUGGUGCGCAAGCACGCGGGGGGCUUCCGGAAGGAGUUCCAGAAGCUGGGGAGCGCCUUCCAGGCCGUCAGCCACGCCUUCCAGAUGGACCCCCCCUUCAGCUCCGAGGCCCUCAACCACGCCAUCUCCCACACCGGCCGGACCUACGAGGCCGUGGGCGAGAUGUUCGCCGAGCAGCCCAAGCACGACCUCUUCCAGAUGCUCGACACGCUGUCCCUCUACCAGGGCCUGCUGUCCAACUUCCCCGACAUCAUCCACCUGCAGAAAGGCGCCUUCGCCAAGGUGAAGGAGAGCCAGCGCAUGAGCGACGAGGGCCGCAUGGCGCAGGACGAGGCGGACGGCAUCCGGCGGCGCUGCCGCGUGGUGGGCUUCGCGCUGCAGGCCGAGAUGAACCACUUCCACCAGCGCCGCGAGCUCGACUUCAAGCACAUGAUGCAGAGCUACCUGCGCCAGCAGAUCCUCUUCUACCAGCGCGUGGGCCAGCAGCUGGAGAAGACCCUGCGCAUGUACGACCACCUCUGACGGGGGCCCCGCCCCCCGGGACCCCCCCUCCCCC